AACAAGUGACAAGUGACAACUAAAUAAAAAAAAAGAAAUCAUAAACAAAACCAGCGUGAUUUUGUACAAAUAAUCAGACGAAAUUUUAAGGCCUAAAACAUAUUCUAAACGUCAUAAUGGAUAAUUAUUUAAAAGAAAGAGUAGAAAAAGUUAUCAAAACAGAGAUGGAAAAUAAUUUUAUUGACUACAGUAUUGUGAAAGAAGAGUACUGUGUACAACAGGAUGAUAUAGUGCCUUCAGCGUCUUCGGUGCCUUCGUCCAUUAAAAAGGAAAAUCAGGACCUUGAGAACGUUACAAUAAAUGCACAAUCUGUUGCUGAACCAUGUGAUAUGAUGAGGCAUCACUACCAAUGUGGCGAAUGUGGUCUGAAAUUCCCGAAUUUGUCUUCAGUAAAAAGUCAUUUCCAGCGAGUUCAUGACCAAAAAGAAAAUUUCAAGCCCUCUAAUUGCCCAAUUUGUGGAACAUUAUACAAGAGAAAAUAUGACUAUGAAAAACAUUUAGCUAGACACAGCAAAGAUGAAAGGCUAGCCCAACAGAAUAAGGCAAAUCAAUCAAGGCUUGUAAAGUGCCUUUAUUGUUACAAAAACUUUACCACCAAAGACUACUUAAUCAGCCAUUCAAACAUUCAUCACAGAGGACUCCCUGGUCUAGAUGACCCACCCCUCACAUGUACAAUCUGUAAGAAAGUAUACCAAAAUCUAGAUGAUUUAAAGGAACACGGGAAAUCACAUCCAGCAGAAAAGGCCUACGAAUGCGCUCUUUGCCAAAAUAAAUAUUACAGCAAAAUUGCACUGAAAAAACAUAUUUUUGAAGUGCAUUUGAAGAUAUACAAAAACCAGAAAAUAUUUAAAUGCUCAUUUUGUUCGAAGAGCUUUCGACACAAAUACUAUUUGGAUGCACAUCUAUACACUCACUCCACAAAAAGAUCAUUUGAAUGCGAAAUUUGCGGCAAAAAAUACAAAAGAGUGUAUAAUCUGAAGAACCAUAAAUUGGUCCAUUCAAAUGAUAAUCAAUCUCUAAGAUGCCUUUAUUGUCCAAAAGUAUUUCCAACAAAUGUAUAUUGCAAAAAUCAUAUUUAUAAAGAACAUCGAGGUCUUCCGGUAGAACUCACAGGUCUACUUUUUUGUAAUAUUUGCAAGGAGGAGUUCACGGACUUAGAUAUCCUGAAAGAUCAUGUUAAAAUACAUGUGGUCGCCCAAACUUAUCAAUGCGACAUUUGCGGAAAGGUUUACUUAUCAUACAAUGGACUAAAAAAUCAUAAACGAAGUAAAAAAUGCGUUGAACUUGAUGAAUCGAAAAUCAUGAAUGUGGAGGAUUUAGGAACAAAAGUUUCAUACCACGAGUGCACAUAUUGCGGCAAAAAUAUAAAAAAGAAAGCUGCUUAUAAGCGCCACAUAAAAUCUUACCACACAAAUGAUAAAAAAUUUCUGUGUGCUCAUUGUCCCAAAAGAUAUGUCGAUAAACCUGGUCUCGCGAGACAUGUGGUCCUUCACAAGAAAUACAAACCGUUUAAGUGUUCCAUUUGCAAGGAAGGUUUUAAUACAAAAGCAGCUUUGGAACGGCAUUCGCCAAUCCAUAGAGUGUUGACUUUUAAUUGUUCUAUCUGUUCUAAUACAUUUAUGGAAAAGAUCCUCUUGGAUACUCAUAUGCUGAGUCAUGAAACAAAUAAAAUUUCUGCGGUAUCAACUAGCACUGUUACAGUUUAAUUUCUUUUAUCAAUUGAAAUUUAUUACUUCAAUAAAUUUAUAAUUUUGAUAAA